GGUGUCGAGUUUCUGCUAUGGCAGGAAGAACAAGAGGAGGAAAAAAGCACAAGACCACACGGUGACUGUUGGCGUCCAGCAAGCGAGGUUAGCAUAGCGCUCAGCUGCAGGUCAGUGUAAGUGCUGCGGAGUGACUGCGUGUCAAACAGGGACCACCACCAGACUCAUGUCAUAUGGGGGAGACUUUUACGGACGCACUGAGCGUGUCCGCCAGGCGCCGUACUAUGACCAGGUUCCGGCUGGCUCGUUACCGCGGCUCGACUCUUCUUAUGAUCCACACCCUCUGACCGAGCAGGUGGCUCCUUAUCUGGCCAACAGCGCUGACCCGCUGCCCCCUCCGCCUCUGCCCAACCAACCCCCCGUUGGGCUUGAGUUCGACCGCAAUAGCGAGGAAGCUGCAGACGCCGAGCCUGAUUUCGACCCCGCCCUCGACAUCAAACCGGUCCACCGCUUCAUCCCCGACUCGUGGAAGAACUUUUUCCGGACCAGCAACCGCAGCAGCAACAAGGGUUGGCCCGACACGGCCUCGUCAUGUAACAACAACAACACCACAAGCGAAGGCGUUCGCUGCUCGCCGCCGCACACACCAUCCGUUCCCGGUUCCUACCGGGACCCCUAUGGGGGCUCAGCCGGGAGCUACAACUCCGGCAAGGAGCUCUUGGAACUGGCCGACAUCCAGUCUGUGUCAGGCCGGACGUACCGCACAGCGCUGACGUACAGUGAGCGAGUAGAGGAGUACAAUCAGCGCUACGCCUUCAUGAAGUCCUGGGCGGGACUGCUGAGGAUUCUGGGCUGCGUGGAGCUCCUGCUGGGGGCCGCCGUGUUCGCCUGCGUCUGCGCAUACAUACACAAGGACAACAAGUGGUUCAACACGUUCGCCUACUCGUCCCCCGGAGGUGGUUUCUAUGGCCCCGGCACAGGUGCGUCUUACUACACUGGCCCCAAGACGCCGUUUGUGUUGGUGAUGGCGGGCCUGGCCUGGUUGGUGACGGUCAUCGUGUUGGUGAUGGGCAUGACCAUGUACUACCGCACCAUCCUACUCGACUCCAGCUGGUGGCCGCUGACAGAGUUCACCAUCAACCUGGCACUGGCCAUACUCUACAUGGCUGCAGGCAUCGUGUACGUGCGCGACACAACGCGCGGGGGGCUCUGCUCCUCCCCCUUCUUCAACAACGGCCCCAGCGCCGCCUUCUGCAGUACGGACGCCGGCCAGACCGCCGCCAUCAUCUUCCUCUUCCUUAACAUGGUCAUCUACCUGAUUAGCGCCGGUGUGUGUCUUAAGCUGUGGAGGCACGAAGCGGCACGUCGAUACCGCGAGCAGAAUGGCAGAGAGAUGCAGCAGUCAGAGUUCGGAGCGGUCCAGUCGCUGCUGGUUCCUGCUACAGCUUCCGGGACCAAAACUCCUCGACAGGAAUCGUCUGUCGUGUCCGUCCAAGACGCCCCCAUUGCUGUCGCUCCAAAGGUUCUGCAGGGGGCGAUACCAUCUGGACACAUUCCCAAACCUGUCAUCGUGCCCGACUACAUCGCGAAGUACCCAACCAUCCGUUCGGAUGAAGAGCGUGACCAGUACCGGGCGGUGUUCAACGACCAGUAUGCCGAGUACAAGGAGCUGCACGCGGAGGUGCAGGCUGCCUGCAAGAAGUUUGACGAGAUGGACGGGAUGAUGCGCAACCUCCCUCAGCACCCCAGCAGCCAGAUGGAGGUGGAGCGCAUCAACAGAAUCCUGCAAGACUACCAGAGGAAGAAAAAUGACCCGACAUUCCUAGAGAAGAAGGAGCGCUGCGAAUACCUGAAAAAUAAACUGUCGCACAUCAAACAAAAGAUUCAGGAAUACGACAAAGUCAUGGAGUGGAACGACGGCUUCACAGCACUUUCAGGAACCAUCAGCAGCCGAGUGGACUUCUGUCGGAACCCAACAGAACCAGCAGAGAUGUCCGCCAGGCCCAAUGGGAGUCCGCCUCCCUAUGAGUCAGAUGGCUAUGAUGCCCCCGCUCAGCCGGCAUAUUCCUACUACCCGGACGACGAGUUCCAGCACUUCUACCGUUGGACGUCGCCGCCGGGCAUCCUGAAGAUCAUGUCCAUCAUCACCAUCGUGCUGUGUGUCGCCAUCUUCGCCUGUGUGGCGUCCACCUUGGCGUGGGACUCUCAGGGGGCGCUGUCCGGCUUUGGGGGCCUGGGAGGUGGUUUCGCCGGCGGGACCGGGGGAGGAUUCGGCGGGGGCUUUGGCAGCUUUGGCAGCGGCGGGUCUUUCGGGCCUGGCAACAGCUACGGCUACGCGGGAAUUGGCGGGAACUACAACGACCCCCGCUCCGGCAAAGGCUUCAUCAUCGCCAUGGCGGCCAUCACCUUCAUUGCCGCACUUGUCGUCUUCAUCAUCAUCGUGUCUCACCAAAGCAUAUCAGAAAGCAGGAAGUUCUACCUGGCCAUCAUCAUCAUCUGCGCCAUCUUGGCUCUGCUGAUGCUGAUAGCCGCCAUCUGCUACCUGAUGGCCGUCAACCCCAUGGCGCAGUCACAAGGCUCUGUCUACGCCAGCCAGAUCGCCGGCCUGUGCGCUCAGUACCAGCGGCCUCAGCCCUCGGGUGUCUUCGUCAACCAGUACCUGUACCACUACUGCGUAGUGGAGCCGCAGGAGGCCAUCGCUGUGGUGUUUGGCUUCCUGGUGGUUGUUGCCCUCAUCAUCAUGCUGGUGUUUGCACUGAAGACGCGCAAGAAGAUCAGCGAAUUCGGCAAGAGCAACAUCCUGUGGAAGCGUGUCAAGAUGGUGGAUGACGGCGAGCCACCGCAGGACGUGGAGGCCUGGGUCAACAACGUGUCCGUCCCGCCUGAGGCCCUCCCCAUGUCCGACUACCCCGAGAAGAUGAGAGGCUCCAGGAACCACCUGGAUGACGAGAGCACCAACUACAGCAAACCCCACUACAACUACACGCCCCCGCCUGUGGAGGACGAGCAGCCUCUUAACAACGGUCCUCCUUACCGUGCAAACUCGGACGUUCCCAGCUCAGCCGGCAGAUCCAACGUGCGGCGUCGGGACCGCGAUGCCGACUACGCCUCCUCAGGAGACGAGCUGGAUGACGAGGAUGGUGACUUCUACACUGAAUUCCCUCCCAUCGCCAACGAGCAGGAGCGCAACGACUACAAGCGUGAGUUUGAUCGUGACCACCAGGAGUACAAGGACCUCCAGGCCGAUUUGGACGCCUUAAACAAGAAGCUGUCUGAAGUAGACAGAGAGCUGGACGACCUGCAGGAGGGCAGCCCCCAGUACUUGGAUGCUUUGGACGAGUACAACAGGAUCAAGGACUUGAAAAAGUCGGCAGACUAUCGCGCGAGGAAGCGACGCAGCAAGUAUUUGAAGGCCAAACUGAACCACAUCAAGAAGAUGGUGAGCGACUACGACCGUCGAGCCUGAGAUGCUCUGACCAUGACUCCAACCCCCGGGCUCGCCACAGUCGGGUUCUCUCGUCACUGCAGGUGAUCUUAUGACGUCACCUUAGGACCGCCGUUGAUUGUGGUUUGAACACACAGAACAAAUGGGUGUUGGCAGACUUGUAUUUAUUCAGUCCAACAAUGAACUCUUCCUGUGUCAACUUAACAAGCUGUAUUUUUCAAAUGUUUUCAUAUGUUUUAAUGCACAUUUUUAUCAGCAUGUAUAGAACACUGUUUUUUAAAGCAUUCUAAGCUAAAUUCGUGUAUAUUUUAGGUGGGUUUUUAUGACAAUGAUGUACUUUUACAAUGAUUUCUCUUAUAUUUUUAUCGUAAUUAUAAUAAAAUGUCCACUCAUG